AUGCACGACUUUGUCUCGCACGUGCUGCGGCGCUACUUUGAGGCGACGGCGUGGAACGAGUACAACUCGUACCUGCAUCUCACCUCGUCCUCUGCCUCCAUCCUGGACUUUCCCAUCCCGACGGGACUCACGCUGUCGAUAUCCGCCUCGCCCACACCGCCGUUCUUUACAACGUACCGUCUGGGGGCGUUGCCGAAUCUUCGCGCGGGGAUCGGCUAUAUCUAUGCGAGCACACAUGCGCCGAUCAACUUUGGCAAGUCGUCCAAGGAUGUCAAGCUCAAAGAGGUGAUUGAGCGAUUCCGCAUCGUCGAGGCUCCGCGGAAGUUGCCACCGCAGACGGAUCAAGAGUACUAUUGGCUCGCCGGGGAGAGGCAUCCCGAACCGUCUACAAGGCCGGAUGGGAGCGAGUAUUUGGUGUACGGGUGCAUGCACGUACCCAGUGCGCGAUUGGAUGCGCUGUGGACCAAGCGGCUCAGUCCGACGUGGCAGCUGAUUCUGACGGCUGUAUCGACGCCGCCAAAGUAUCCGAUCAAUGCGCUGCAUAGUGCAGCGCUGGCUACGCAGUCGGCAUACGCUUCGGGUGCCAAGGCGGGCAUGGCGGGUGGUGUGGAUCGACUCGAUGCAUCGGGCACACUCUCAGCAUCGACGGUCAGCAGCUCCACGACUACACAGCAACCAGCAGCGGCGAGCGAGUUGGGGCCGGCGGGAUCGACGAACCUCCAGCUGACGCUGCAGCGCGACACCGGCCGAUGGUUCACCGAGUACAGCUACUCCGUCGACGAUGCGCUGUGGGGAUUCCGCGUGCUGCACAACUUUGGCCUUAGCGAUACCGGGGAACCGCACCCCUCCUCGUCCACCGAGAUCGUCACUUCAGGCCAGGGUCGGAUUGACUCGACCGCGGGGCAGGGUGAGGGUGAUGCGGAUGCAGGUGGGGGGUUGAGGGGGAGGUUCAGUGCGGGCGCCGAGGUGUUUGUCAGCACGGUGGAAAAGUCGGCCGGCUUGUCGACGGGGAUCAGGUUUUCGACACUGCCAGAUUCGCCGGUGAUCGCACCGGAUGCAGCGCCAUCGCAACCACCGACGGUGAUUACCGCCACGCUCAAUCCGAUGAUGGGGCAUCUGAGUACCGCCUAUGCGGCAAGGAUGGCGAGGGACGUGGUGGUGUGUUCGCGCUUCGACUUUAAUGUCUACAGCUACGAGUCCGAAUGGACCGUGGGGGCAGAGUACUGGUUGCGAGCGGCCAAGACCCCCGCACCGGCAAUACUUCCACCAGCGGAGAAGGAAGCGGUAUCCAAGACGAUGUCUCUGCGCGAUGCACCCCACCCCACCGACUAUCCCCUGCCCCCUUCAACACCUUCUACCGUACCCGGCCUCGUUACCCCAGCUGGAGUACCUUCUUCACUCUCGACGCUGUUGUCGCCGAUUACGGGCGUGUUGAAGGCGCGCAUCUCGACGGCUUCCGACAUCCGCCUCCUCUGGCAAGGCCGUCUAUCGCACUGCCUCGUCUCGCUCGGUGUCAAGGCAGACCUCUCGCCCUCGGCUACCCUCAACCUUAACCCUGGUGGCAAGGCGGGCAUCGUAAAGAGCGUCGGUGUCGAAGUCAUGUAUUUCUCCCAAGCCGACGACUAG